AUGUCACCAAUAAAGGUCCAAAAAGGUGGUGGGUUAAUUGGUUAGAUUAACUAAAGCAAGUGUAAUAUAUAAAAAUUGACGACAAGCCUUUCUUGGCAAGCUAAAACUAUGUUUUUUAAGCCUAAAAUGCCACAAAGUAAAAUUUUUUGCUUUUUAUACUAAUACCUUUGAUUUGUAAUCGAUUUUUACCCCACCUAUUCCAGGUGUGUCAGUGGGUCAUCCGUAUAUGCGCGGACCCGUCUCCGCCGACAAAUACUGGUUGUUGUUGCUCAUUCUACUAUGUGCCGGCUUCAUCGUGGGCUGUGCAUGCUACUCAUUGAGGAUAACGAAGCAACGAAUGCGACGGCUAGCUGGACAGGACAAGCUGUCGAGGCGAGGCGCAUUCGAAGGCGAAGGCAGUUCACAUCGAGCGGACUGCGAAAUCUCAUGUGAUGUGAGCGAUGUGUCAUCGAACGAGAGUUUCAAUCAGGAAUACGCUUUGUAG